AAGAACGCCCCUAAUGCCGACUGCACACCUCUAGUUCUGGAUAUCGGAGCAGCUGCGAUAAUUAUUUUUGGGGAGAUUUUGCUAUUUUCUCAUGUAAUGUAACAAAAAUUACAAGCAGCUACGAAAUAGACGUCAACAAAUAAAUGACCCCGGAAACCGACCACUGGAACGGAUAAAGAACUAACCGAACAUGGAGUGCAAUCUGGGCAGCGAGAUUGGACAGAAGAUGCGCAGCGCCGUUAAGGCUAAGUUGCUAGAACUGGGAACCGGAGGGUCUGCCGGUUUUAUAGACGACGAGCUGCCGGACUACGUGAUGGUCAUGGUGGCAAACAAGCGCACCAAACAGCAGAUGAACGCCGAGCUAAAUCUCUUUCUGGGCGACCAAACGGACCUCUUCGUUACCUGGCUGCACGAGGUGCUGCAAAAGCUCCAGGAGGUCACACUGCCUACAUCUAGUGCUUCCAGCAAGAGGCGGAAGUCGCGUGGCCAAGGAGAAGCUGUCAAGCCCAAGGAGAAGGACAAAAAGGGCUCCAAAAAGGACAAAAGGCAGCAGCGAAAGUCCGGCGAUGAGUUGUCGGAGCCACAGUCCAGUUCCGCGGAUGCCAUGCCUGUCAUCACCUCUAUCACCGCUGUUUUCGCAGAAGAACUGCUCGAGAAGGCCAAGAAAACGAUGGACAUCGAUCUAAAUGCCAAAAACGAGAUACUGCACAAAAAGAAGAAUCGUAAGUCUAUCGAAGAUGAGGAGGCGUCGGUCGCCAAAGACUUGAACUUGCCGGGCGAGAUAAGUUCAACCACCAGCGGGACCAAUCGCCAAAAGGACCUUGCUGAGCUGGCCGAGAUUCAGAAGAAAAUUCACGCAGCCAAGAAGCAUUUACGCCAGAUUGGCGAAAUCGGCGACGACAGCGAUGAAGACGACGAGGACCUUUUGAACUUAAGUGCCCAGGAAGAGUCGGUGGAUCAGGAACCCGAGGAGGAGCCGCCGCAAGCCGAAGCGCCACCACGCAAGGCCAAGAGUCCCAUUAUUUUUAACAGACGGGAGAGGACACCCGAAAAGCGCCCGGAAGAUGAACCGCAGGUUGAUUCUCGCCGUGAGGCUGUGGCUGCGGAAGAGGAGGAGCAGCAUCAUCACGAGCCUGAGCAUGCGGCUGAAAAGCCUAAGGAAGACCGUUCUGAACGGCGAUCUGUGCACGAUCGUCUCGGUUUAAAGGCACAACAGCCGCCAGAGCGAUCGCAGCGCAACCAAAAGGAGCUCUAUGUGCCAGCACAUCGGCGCCGGAAUGAGCCUGAAGGCGGCAAGGAGCGUAGUCAGCGGGAACGCUCUCGGGAGCGACGCUCCAGCCGGGAUACCUCGCGGGAUACUAACCGUAAUCACCGCCAACGUCGCUCCCCCAGUCCAGAGGCCCCCAGUUCAAAGCAACGCAUUGGUUCCCGGGUAAUUGUGGCAGUAAACAAGCCACCAGAGCCGUCAGACGAUGAGGAUUUGGCCGAUAAGCCGGUGAACUCGGUGAUCAAAAUAAAGCCCCGGCCUCAGGUUUCUCCCAGGCGGCAGGCAUGCAAGAACCUCCUUUUGCGAGCUGUGGCCGAUGCCCAGCGCUCCACCAUCCUGGCCAAGACUUCCUCGAAGAAGGAAACCGAGGAGGUGGCGAAGAUUAGCAGCAGUUCGCUGGGCAAGCGCAAAUCGCAGGAUAAGAGCGAGGGAGUACGAGAUCGCGAUCGUGAGAGGGAGCGAGGCAAACGGAGUGCACCUGGCAACGAACUCUUCCGGCGAACCACUCGGGAAUUGGUGGUGAAUGUGACGCAGCGGGACGGCAAGCGUUCGCGUCGAUCCAACGAAAGUCGGGCCGAGAUAAAAGUCGUGGAGGAGGAAUAUACGCCUAGUUUGAUGACUGAAGAGCUCGAACCGUAUGUGCCGCAACUGCUGACCAAUGUGGAUGAAUUGGACUUGCACAUUAGUUCGCACGACGAGCCAAGUCCCAGUUCUGGAGCGCCCAAGACUCAGUUUGUGGUCACCUUGAACGGCGAUAAAGCUCUGGGUGGAAACAACGGCAAGGGAGUUUCGUAUCGCAAGCGACCGAGCAACUCGCGCCGGCGCUCCUCCUCACCAGUGUCCACGCCACAAGUGUCCUCCUCCAGUGCCGAGCCCACGUCGACGACGGCGGACAAGCGACGCCGAUCGAAUCGGGACAGGAGCUUCUCGCCCUCGCCCACACAGAACAGCAGAUCGCCUUCCCUGCAGACGUCACGCAGUCUCAACCGCAAUGAGGUUCUCCGGCAGCCGCAGGAGAUCAAGAAGAUCAUUAUUAAACCCGACACGGAUGAGGAUGACGAAAUGCACGGUUUACAGAAGAAGCGCUCCCCAAGUAAGCGUCAACCAGUAGCGGCAGCAGCCACAAACUCGGCCAACGGCCUCAAAGACAAUAAGGCUAAAGCUCCGAUCGAAGAUCGCUCCACCACUCCGCCUCUUCCGGCGAAGUCAAAGCCGCGGGCGGAAAGGAGGGCUUCCAGCAAGGAUAAAACCACAAGAUCCACUUCUGAAGGGGAGUCGGCGCCGGCUCCUUCCGGUGCCGGCGCUCCAUCUUCUACAGCUACCAAAGCCAAGCACACGCCCAUUCGCUUCACACUUAAAAACGAGGAUGAGUCGAGUUCGAAUAAGAAACGUCACUCCGGCAGCCCCGAACGCGAUGCAGUGGCUCCGGAGAAACGCAGAGUUCCCAUACGCAGUGCGGAGGACCGGAAGUACGACAACCUGCCGGCAUUGAGCGCCGUUAGCGUGGAUUCUACUGUACUGAAGGUGAACAAGCCCAAGGAACGCUGCAAGUACCAUCCGAACUGCACAAAACAGUUCUGCGAAUACUACCACCCCACGGCGCCCUGCAAGUCGUUCCCGAACUGCAAGUUCGCAGACAAGUGCAUGUACUCGCAUCCCAAGUGCAAGUUCGACAUGGCAUGCAUGAGCGUCGACUGCAAUUACGCUCACAGUGGUCAAAGGGAUCUUAGCCAUGUGCAGCUUGCGGCGCCACCACUAUCUUCUCACGUCAUACCAGUUCAAAACUACAAGUCGAUUUCGGCACCUGUGACCUCCACAACAGCCACUACGAUGUGCAAGUACUAUCCCAACUGCUCAAAGCUGGGCUGCACCUUCUAUCACCCGAAGCCCUGCCGAUUUGGCAAGAACUGCGUGAACAAGCUGGAGUGCAUCUUCUACCAUCCGGAGAUGCAGAGCAAAUUCAAAUGGGUGGCUUCAUUGGGUUGAAAGAACAGCCGAAUACAAAAUCACAAUUCGCGUUAAAACGAUAUUUAGCUAAUGUACUCUGGACUCCCGGCCAUCGGCAACUAUUCGAUACCCCUCUUUUUCAAUUGGAUAUUAAGGCGAGAUUGGAGUUGUUUUUUUUAUCUUUCUAUAUACACGGUGUUGUAUAACUAUUUAAACUUGAUUAUUAUUUGCAUUCAUCCUAUUGCUUAUAUUUAAUAAAUUUUAUAUUAGUCAUUAGCGGCUCUCUCACUGAAAUGAUAAACAAAACUAAAGUUUGUUGCUCAUGCGGAUUUGUUUGCAUUCAAACCAUUAAGUACACGUCAUGCUUAAGUUGACGAAUAAAUUUAGCAAUAGUUGCUACAAAUUGGAAAAAAGAAA